AUGGCCUCGUCUUGUACUGGUAACCCUGGAGGUGAAGCUCAAUUCGGGUGCGACACGCCGGCCGCAGCGGCUGACGCGACGCGGGACUCACCUCCGCCCGAGGAAGGUGAAGACGAAGUGGCGUUUACUCACACCGUUCCCGCCAUCUUCGUCCCGCUCAAAGACGAUCUCCUGCAGCCUAUGAGACCGGCUGAGAACCGCAUUGAGUACCUGCAAAGAAUGCGAGACAACCUAGACACCAACGAGAAAGCGGUGAGAGAAAAUUUGGCGUUCAUGUUUGAACGUGAAGCUCGACGCCGCAUCGCCGCGGCCAAGAAGAGGCUCGAGGGUCCUCUCUCUGUACCUCACGAGCCACAGGAAAUCGGCUGGGAUGAGGCCGAAAAGCUUUUUGCCAACGUCGAGGCCCCCGCAAACCCUCAUCUCCACUACCAUCUGUCACCGGAGAAGCUGGCUGAGUACAGCAACGCGCCUGUCCGCGUGCCUGCUGGACUGCCGCCCCAUGAACGAACGGCGCGGGAGCUCCUUGACGUGGCGCACCACGGUGCAAAGCAGAUGGAGGCAUAUAGCAACAAACACGUCAAGAACACCUCCCAGUGGCGCUGGCGGGAUCAUCAACAGCGUUCCCCUGAGCCCUCCUACCAGCCGCUCCUGUGUCUGCUGCCAAAUGAUGGUCGCAUAUGCUUUAUGCCCAUAGAGGCAAGAGAGCUUCAAGGAUUCUGGCUGGCCUUCAUUUUGCCGAAGCCGACGAACAACAUGUGGAGGCAGCACAUUUUGAGAGGUCACUACAUGGUCAUUGGACGUGAACAGAUCAUCAGUAGGAUGUUACAUGGCUUGCAAGAUGCAAGGGAAAGACACGCCUUGCUAGUUGCGACUAUCGUCUUGUACACGAGCUCGUGAAGGAGAUUUUGGGAUGUAACGACCGGCGGUAAGAGGCAUUGCACAUUGAGCCACAUUGGCUCUCACAUACUUCCAUAAUCGGCGUCUGAACUUAUUCUAGAGCACAAGAUAGAGGAGAGCUCGACCGAUACACAGGCUCUGCUUGCGCGGAACCAUGCUCGAGCCCACCCACAAUAAAUGUGCACAUGGU